CUUUUUAUGUUAGCUUUCUUAUUUCUUGUUAAAUCUAAACAAAAAGUGACUUAAAUAAAUUCUAAACUUUAGUCAUAGAAGUGGUGGUUUAUCAUUUUAUUAUUUCAAAGAAUUAAUAUUGAAGUUAUAAUCUAGACAUAAAAAUUAUUAACAUCCAUUUUAUUUUUGUAUUUUUCAAUAAUUUUCUUUUUUAAUUUAAUGUUAUUUACAUCUAUUAGUAAUAUUAUUUUGUAAAUCAUGGCUAUUAGAACAUAUGGAGAUAAACCAAUUAGUUUUCAGGUGGAAGAAAAUGGCGAAUACUAUUGUAUUGGAUCAGAGGUUGGUAAUUACCUGCGGCUCUUUCGGGGGUCUUUGUACAAACGCUAUCCUGGUAUGUUCAGAAGAACGAUAACUAAUGAUGAAAGAAAGCGAUUAAUGGAUCUUGGAUUGAGUGCUCACUGUCUGGCUUCUAGUGUUUCAUUAUUAAGAGCUUCAGAAGUUGAAGACAUUAUAGAUGGUAAUGAUGAACGAUAUAAAGCUGUAUCAGUUACAUCAACUGAACCAUUAAUAGCUAGAGAAGCUAAAGGCAAAAAAUCUACACCUUGGGUUCCAUCUUUACCAAAUAGUUCUCAUUUAGAUGCUGUUCCACAAGCUACACCUAUUAACCGAAAUAGAAUUAUUCAAAAGAAAAUUAGAACAUUUCCUUUAUGUUAUGAUGACAAUGAUCCAGCAAAUAUUCAUGAAAAUGCCAACUUAACAGAACUAUUAGUUCCAAUUAGACUUGAUAUGGAAAUUGAAGGACAAAAAUUAAGAGAUACAUUUACAUGGAACAAAAAUGAGUCGUUAAUAACUCCAGAGCAGUUUGCUGAAGUGCUUUGUGAUGACUUGGAUUUAAAUCCAUUACCUUUUGUUCCUGCUAUAGCACAAUCUAUACGUCAGCAAAUAGAAGCUUUUCAGAAUGAUAAUAUUUUAGAUGAACAACAUGAUCAGCGAGUUAUUAUAAAGCUUAACAUUCAUGUGGGUAACACAUCAUUAGUAGACCAAGUAGAAUGGGAUAUGGGUGAAAAAGACAAUUCACCAGAACAAUUUGCGAUGAAACUAUGUGCUGAACUUGGUCUUGGUGGAGAAUUUGUGACUGCUAUCGCAUAUUCUAUACGUGGACAACUAAGCUGGCACCAACGAACAUAUGCUUUUAGUGAGGCACCUUUAUCAAUAGUAGAAACUCCAUUUAGACCACCAUCAGAUGCUGAUCAAUGGAGUCCAUUUUUGGAAACAUUAACUGAUGCUGAAAUGGAGAAAAAGAUAAGAGAUCAAGACAGGAAUACAAGGCGUAUGCGGCGACUUGCAAACACUACACCAGGAUGGUAAUAAGAAUCAUUAUUAAGUAUUUUAACAUAAAUUGACUCGCCUUCCAUGAAAAAACUGGUAUGACUUUGAACACAUGCCACUAUAUCAUAGUUCCAUUUCAUCUAUUUCAUCUGCUAUGCAUCUAAAGAAAUUUAUAUUUGUAUUGAAGUAUUAUGAAACUAUUAUAUAUUUUAUGU